AUGUCACCCAUCAAUGUCAUUUGGCAUUGCAAAGCACGAAUUCCACUUUCUAGCAGCCAACAGAAUAGCACUGUGCCACCCCCUUCUGACAACUGGCACUGCUCAAGCUAUUUGGAGCAUAUACCGAGUGCCAGCGAAGAAUUUUGGUACAAUCUCCUCAUUAUCAUGGCGUGGACUGCCAUAGGAAUUACUGUUAUUGGUUCAUUCAUUGCCAUAUUAGCCGCUAUAUUUGUAUUUAUCAAGGCGAUCAAGGAGAAUCAGGAAUGGGAGAACAGCAUCAAGGCAAAUUCCAAGCAGUUGUUGGCAGAAAAGGACGGUAUAAAGACAGAAUCCAAGCGCUUGUUGACAGAAAAGAACAAUAUAAAGACAAAAUCCAAGCGGUCAUUGACAAAAAAGAAGAACAGAAAGGCAAAAUCAAAGCAAUUGUUGGCAGAAACGGAAAGACAAGACGGUGGAAUUGAGGCGGAAUGCCAGUCGUUGUUGACUAAAGAUUCUGGUAAUAUAUGCAGUGUUUUCUCUCCAGGAGAUGGUGAAAAAACUUGCUGA